AUGAACACAACCUGGUCCAACGUUCAGCAACCUCUAGCUCCUCAAAGAGAUGUAUUGAAGGGCGAUGCUACUGUCAUCCUGGGAGCAGGUGUCAUUGGCCUAGCGACAGCCUAUCAGCUGGCUCUUGCCCAUCAAAAGGCUGCCAACGCGACAUCCAGGCGACCUGGAAAGAUCAUCGUCGUCGAACGAGCUGCGCACAUCAGUCCUGCUGCUUCUGGUCAAGCGACAGGCGGACUUGGAGACUUUGGCUUCUCGAGCGAUGUCGCUGAUUUGGGCAUUCUGUCCUAUAAAUUGUUUCAGGAACUUGCUGUCACGAAGGGAAUGAAGGAGUUUGGCUUUAGCGAGUCUACGAUCUAUCGCACCAUACCCGACAACUUCAAGGGUAUGCCUAAGCCACCCGACAGUUGGGGCCCAAGUCCUCCUGUUGAACAACUUCUAUCUGCGCUCCCUGACUGGAUCAAAACCAAGAGCGACUGGUCAGUGCAGCGCAUGGCUGGGCCACCUCAUGCAUCGCAUCUUGACCCCGCUCAGUUCUGCCAGUUUCUCUCCUACAAAUGCAAGAAACUGGGCGUUGAGUUCGUGUUCAACGCGAAUGCAACAUCAGUUCAGGCAGCACCAGGAGCGAGACAUUUCAAAAGUAUCCAGAUCGAGCAACAAGAUGGUGACUCGCUCAACAUACCAUGCAGAAGCCUGGUCAUAGCAGUUGGCCCUUGGUCCCCACACGUCUUCUCAACACUCUUCCCUCACGCAUCUUUCCAACUCCCAAUGAACUCCACAGCGUCAGCCGGAAACCACUUCCGUGUCCGUGAACCUGGAUGGAAGCCAGAGGACGACGAGAAGGGAAGUCAGCAAGUCUUUGUCCAAAGCGAAGUUCCGGGUAGACAGGGUCUCGACAUCACUAGUUUUCCAGGCGGUGAGUUGUAUGUAGGUGGGUGGGGUGCUACAGCGGAAGGACUUCCAGAGCUUGCAGAGGAUGUGCAUGCGCAGCCGGGUAAGAUUGAGAAAAUGAAAGUGAUUGUGAAGGGGUAUCUGAGGGUGCCAGAGGAUGAAGAGUUGAAGAUCUUUGCGGAAGGAAGGUGCUACAGGCCGCUUGCGAUGUUCAGACAUCCAAUUGUCACGAAGGUGGACUGGGAGUUGCUGGGUAUGGAUGAUAGCUCCCAGGAUACGCCGCGUCUUUCGACGCAAAAGGACGGUGAUCAGGGUGAUCGGUACGGCCCUGGGGGUCUGUUCCUUAAUACGGCCCACGUCGAUGACGGUGUGACAAUAUCGCUUGGAAGUGGAAAGGUGAUGAGCGAGCUAUUGUUGGGUUUACCACUUUCGGUCGAUAUUUCGGGACUGGGACUGAGCUGA